ACGCAUUGAUAUCAACUAGAAAAAUAGGACAUCUUAGUUGUCCUACGCGGAACACCAGCUCUAAAGCACCUGCGAACGUUCGAAGGAAGCAUGGGCAAGCGGAAGAAGUCGAGCAGACAACCACAAGGACCAAAGAAGAGAGAACCAUUGCCCACAACUUUCGCAUGUCUCUUCUGUAACCACGAGAAUUCCAUCGUGGUGAAACUAGACAAGAAGUUGGGACUAGGGAACUUGUCCUGUAAGGUGUGUGGGCAGAGGUUUCAAACCGGUAUCAAUUAUCUUUCUGCUGCUGUCGAUGUAUAUUCAGAUUGGGUAGAUGCUUGUGAUGCAGUUGCCAAGGAUACAGCCAACAGAUACGAAGAUAAUAGCGCCGGUGGUCUGCGAUCAAAUGAGUAUACUGUGUCUUCUAUUGGGCAGCAUACUGGAUACGAUGAUGCAGAUCGCGCCGGUGCAUAUGUGGACGACGAUUGAUACAAGUAAUUCUCAAAUAUUGGAUGGUGUACAAUAUAAAGGUGCAGUGGCUUUCCUGUGGUCGCUUUUCCAAACUAUGACCGAUGUUCUGCUUUUUCGGACUUGCUGUUACUCGAUAAUUUUUGGCGAUCAGCUGGCUUCGAUCCUAAGGAUAAUGAAUGCUUGCAAUGAAAUUAUUAUGGUAUAAUUCUUAUUCAUGCCUCAUGAACCAGCAACUUCAGCUAAAAAUAGUAUGCACAAUACAACUACAUUGUGUUGUAAUUAUGCAGAUAUGCGGCAAAACAGUUUCGAAGAAACCUCCGUAAUACUUUAUAAGCAGUACUAAACUGAAGCUCAUUUGGGUGACUGGGUGUCACAGCGUAUAGUAUCGAUCACCAAAAUCACCAAGUCCUGGGAUAAUGUACCUGUGUGAUAGCAACCAGUUAG